GCUGAGCUUCAGGCCUUCUCUCAGUCAAACUGGAAACAGGGAUUGAGACAGUGUGAGGGUUUGUGGAGUGCCACAGUGCUGUAAUGAAUACUGUAGUGGAAGAAGUUCUUUCACACUCUUCAUCCUGGAGCUGCUUUAUGUCCAUGAUCUGCAUGGAAACACAUCUAUGGAGAGGAAAUCCAGCUGCUGAGGGUCACAUCUGCAUCAUUGUAGCUACAGUGGAUGUUUCAGUGUCAGGACUGAAGGCGGAGCUUUGUGCGUGUCAGGGUGAGGCCGCAGCAGCCGCCUCCAAUCGGAGCGCUCGGGCGUGAAACUAGGAGGAAAGCCGACGUCCUCCUCUUUCCUCAGAAGUGAUCUGUGGCCGGCCGGACUUCAUUCCACAGAUGUGCUUUAACAAAGUGUGAAGCUGAACUCUGAGCUGUGACAGUGUGAGCAGUGUGAGAGUGUCAGUAGAUGAUCAGCAGAGGAAAGUGAGAGCUGCUGUGAGCUGAUGUCCUGAAGGGCUUUUAAAGAGUCUCUGAGUUUGACAGGAACAUGAAGAUGUUUGUGGUGUUUGUGAUCCUCCUGCACGUUUCCCAGCAUGCCUCAGCUGUGGAGUCGUAUGAGGGGGACUCGUUCAUCCUGCUGCCCUGUCAGUUUAACACUUUUAGAUUUGAUGACCCCACAGUGGUGUGGAGUCGCCUCGACCUCAGUCCUCCAACCGUCCACCAGCGUCAGCUUCAAGGAGACGAACUGAAAGAUCAAAACCAGCGUUACAGCGGCCGAACAUCCAUGAAGACUGACGCUCUGCAAGCUGGAGACCUCAGCCUGACCCUGACCAACCUCCAACUGUCUGACAGCGCCACCUACACCUGCUCAGUUAUAAACUUUAUAGGUGAACUGAGUCGGAGUGAUGUACAGCUGCAGGUCAAAGAACGGUUUCCAUCCUGGGCCAAAGCUCUCCUGGUUCUCCUGGUUCUUCUUGUGGUUUCUGGAGGUCUUUUAUUUCAUUUCCGGCAGUACUUCAUGUCAGGUGAGUGUCUCCUACUACACUACCCAUAAUGCCGAUGGUUAGCAGGUGUCCUCUGGUGGCUCCUUGACUGUGGCUCACACAAACUUGUUCCAGAAGCUGAAAGAGUUGAGAGUUACAAACAGCUGAUACAGAGAGCUGAAGAGAAACUUCCAGGUUUGUUCCAGAAGUCAGAAAACCUCCUUCAGACUCAGUCAUUGAUCAGUGAAACAGCUCCACAACAUGACUUUACUAAACAGUGUGUGUGCUUCACUGCAUUGAUCUGACACAGAGGCUGCAUGUGGACAAGCUGUUCUUUCAUUAUCUGCAAU